CACGUCGAGACCAAGUUACAUCCCAUCAUAAGUGUCAAGCUUCAAAAACGCCAUGAGCUCCGUCGAACACAACGCGUCGUGGGAGUCCGCGAACCCGAACAAGCGUCGCGAUGCCAUUGCGUGGCACGCGUACACUAGUGGCGUCAAGACCGGCGCAAUGACUGCCUCGGUCGUGGGGGCAGGUGUCCUCUCUGCCAACAAGUAUUGGCCGGCGUUUCGCAACCGUUUGAACACAAGUGGCAAGACCGCGUUGGUGGUCAUGUCGUUCCUGGCUUCGUUCACAGUUGAAGCCGAGAAUCGACUAGUGCAUGGAGCGCACAACCCCGAUAUUUACAUGGCCACUAUGGAUGGCACGUAUGUCGAAGAAGAGAAAGAGGUGUCCAAGCUCAAGCUCUGGCAACGCGGAGCCAACUUCCUGUACGAUCACCCGUACCGUGCGCUUGCCUCGGUCGGUGUGCCGCUCGUCGGCGGCAUCUACAGCUACCAGCACUUGAACAAGGGCAUCUCGGCCUCGCAACGAGUGAUGCACACCCGUAUCUACGGCCAGGCAGCGGUGGUGGUGUUGCUGUUGAGUUCGAUGGCGUUCCACGACUACAUGGCUAAGCGUGGCAAGUUCGGCGAGGAGGAAGAGGAGGAAGAGGCGCAUGCCUAAGUCAACGGCAGAGACAGUUAGGUUGCGACAGGAAGAGGAUGCCGAAGGCGAAGGCUGCCAUCCCUGUCGAUAGUUUUAAAGUACAAUCCAUUUAUUUUUUUGUUUUGCUACGAA